CCGCUGUUUAAAUUUCUUUGGCAAUCAGCGAAAGGGUAGCUGAUCGGCAUAAGACUUGACAGUAUGGCCAAGCCAUGGCUUACGGAAAAUCACAGCCAAGAGUUUGCUGAUGCAAUUGCUGAUGCCUGUUUGAACCAAUACCAAGCGCUUCCAAAUUCAGGAAAACCUAGUGUCAAAGGUACGAAGCACGAAUGGACCAUUCUGGCUGGAAUCUGUCUCGUGCAGCAUGCCGCGCUAGGUCAUUCCAAUUCAGCAAAGCAAAAAAGCAACCAAAAAGAUAUUACUAUAGACAAUGAACGAUAUCAAAUAUCUGUUGUGGCUUUAGGGACCGGACUGAAGUGCUUGCCACUAAGUAAAUUGAGCCAACGGGGAGAUGCGGUCCAGGAUAGUCACGCCGAAGUAAUUACGCGGCGUGGUUUCAUAAAGUAUUUACUUGACGAAGUUGCAAGUUAUAAUGCAGAACAACCAAGUAUCUUUGAGCCUGUCGAUGAAAAAUCGCGGAAAUUGAGAGUGAAAAGCUCAUAUACUUUUCACAUGUACAUAAGUCAAGCCCCAUGCGGUGAUGCAUCAAUGACCGAACUCGAAGCGAUACAAUCAAAAGAAUCACUACUAGCACACAUGGAAGGAAAAAAGCGAAAAGCAACAGAUCAGGAGGUAGAAUGUAAUUCUUUAUCAUUGUACACAUACAAAUUUAAGCGACAAAAGCUGCAUAAGAAAAGUGAUGAUAUACCUGAAGGAAACGACUUCGAGACGACUACUGUGCGUAGAGGCAGGGUUGGCUAUCAAGAAUUUGGUAUUCUCAGAACAAAACCUGGUAGGGUUGACUCCGAGCCAACGUUAUCCAUGUCAUGCAGUGACAAGUUGGCUCGUUGGAACGUUCUGGGAUUGCAAUCGGCGUUAUUAGCCAUGAUUAUAGAUCCAGUAUAUCUAGACAGCGUGAUAGUAAAUCAAAUGUUUGAUUUACAAGCCUUACAACGAGCACUUUAUGGUCGACUGUCUAAUUUGCCUACGUUGGAAUCUCCAUAUCGACGGAAUCAACCACGCAUUCUACACACCGAACGACAAUAUUCAUGUUCAAAGCAAAUACUUGAAACAAAAGUUCCAGCGUCUGAUGUAAUAACGUGCAAUACAUCCAUAGAGUGGGUUCUAGGCAUGCCAAAGUGCGAAGUAAUUGUCAAUGGCCGUCGCCAAGGAGCACCUAAGCCCAAAAACGGGCAGUAUGAUCUCAAGUCUAGCCCUUCAGCCACCAACUGGGUAUACCAAGAUGUAAAAAGUAAAGCAGUGGAUUAUAAUGCAGCAAAAUCAGCCUUACUUGAAAAUUGCUUCCAGGAUUGGGUUCAGACUCCAGAGGAUAUGUAUCUGUUUGAUUUGGAAGGUAUCAUAACAAGCCACACAUAAUUCUUCGAUGUCGAGUUAGACUAUCAUCAAUAAAUGUGGUUUUACCAAGGCAAAACGGC